AUGCGCGCGACGCCGUUUCUGCGAAAUGUUGGGCCUGGUGUCUCUGCAGCGCUCAGAGAGCGCGUUCGAAGACCAAGCAUGUUGAAGAAGCUGACGAGCCCUGAGGCCCUCGCCCCGCUAUUCAAGAACGACGACUACAUUGGAUGGUCGGGCUUCACCGGAGUGGGCUACCCAAAAUGCGUACCGACGGCCAUCGCAGAUCACACUGAGCAAAAUAACCUUCAAGCCGACCCUGCUACGAAGCGCAAGUUCAACCUUUUCGUCGGUGCCUCGGUGGGCCCCGAAGUCGAAGACAGAUGGGCACAUAUGGAUAUGAUUGCUCGGCGGUAUCCGCAUCAAGUCGGUAAGGAGGUCAGCAAAGGAAUCAAUGCAGGGAGGAUAGAAUUUGCCGACAAGCAUCUAAGUAUGUUCCCUCAAGACCUCACAUACGGCUAUUACAGUUUAAAGAAACAGCGGGGUGACCCUCGCAAACCUUUGGACUGGGCAAUCGUAGAAGCGACCGCCAUCACCGAAGAAGGCCAUAUCGUACCUGGUGCAUCCGUAGGAGCUACUCCUGAGAUUCUCGAAUCCGCCGAAAAAAUCAUCAUUGAGGUCAACACGCGUGUACCCAAUUUGGAGGGUCUCCACGACAUCGUCCAUUCCUUCGCUCCGCCCAACAAGCAGCCUUACUUGAUCACCCACCCUUCAAACAGAAUUGGCUCGACCGCAAUCCCCAUCGACACAGAACGUGUUGUCGCCAUCGUGGAGAGUACGCACCCUGAUAAUACGGGUACCAAUGCCCCCGAGAACGACGAAUCCAAGGCUAUUGCUAAACAUCUCAUUCACUUCCUUUCGGAGGAAGUCGCGGCCGGUAGAUUACCUAAAUCUUUACUACCACUGCAAUCUGGUAUCGGAAACGUUGCCAACUCAAUCAUUGGCGGUCUUGCCGAUGGUCCCUUCGAAAAGGUGCAAGUCUGGACGGAGGUUCUUCAGGAUACUUUCAUUCGUUUUUUCGACUCAGGCAAAUUGGACUUUGCCACGGCGACAUCGAUCCGUUUCUCGCCUGACGGGUUCAACCACUUCUACAAAAAUUGGGCUAAUUACAAGGAUCGCCUGCUCCUUCGCUCGCAGCAAGUUGCUAAUGCUCCCGAAAUCAUCCGUCGCCUCGGUGUUAUCGCUAUGAACACGCCUCUCGAGGUCGAUAUCUAUGCACACGCCAACUCGACCUGUGCUCUUGGCUCAAGGAUGUUGAACGGUCUUGGUGGAUCUGGUGACUUCUUGCGAAAUGCCAAGCUGUCGAUCAUGCAUACUCCAUCCAGCCGUCCCACGAAGACUGAUCCAACUGGAAUCUCGUGCAUUGUUCCCUUCGCCUCACACAUUGAUCAUACCGAGCACGAUCUUGAUAUCGUCGUUACGGAGCAAGGCCUAGCUGAUCUCCGUGGACUAUCGCCACGCGAACGUGCACCCCUCAUCAUCGAGAAGUGUGCCCAUCCGGACUACAAGGAUUCACUGAAGGAGUACUAUGAUCGAGCACUCUUCGAGUGUUUGAAGAGCGGCGCAGGCCACGAGCCACAUAUUUUGAAGAAUGCGUUCAAGUUCCACACCAAUCUGCAAGAGCAUGGGACCAUGAAGAUCAAGAACUGGGAUUAG